UAGGUUUUUUUUUUUUUUUUUUCAACAAAAUUUAUACUUUAAUACGAAGUAUCAUUCCAAUUAACAGGGGAUUCCUCAAGAGAGAAGAGGAUAGAAUUGUGAUGUUUUGGAUCAUAGGUAAGAAACGUGAUUUGUUACUCCAUUUUUACACUCGAAAACAAUGUGGCAGAAAAAGUUACCACCUUAAUAUAAUUUUUGUUACUUUACUCAUUAAUCAAACAAAUUCUAAUUCCUCAUUAUCGGUAAUAUGAUUCCGUUUCCACCUCUACAGAAACAAAAUCCAUACCAAACACCCCUAAAUGACAUCUCUUCUUUCCAAAAAAAAAAAAUUAAAAAAAAAAUGACAACUCUAGAAAUUUAUUGUGGAUAGAGAUAGAGGUGUGAAAGUUCCAUAGAUAGUAUGGCUUCUGCUACUGUAAAUGGACUGUCUCUGUCCAUGAAUGGGUUUCCCUCAAAGCUCAUUUUUCCAACUUCAUCUUUCCUACCAAAGUCUCACUCAUUUCCUCAAAUUUCACCUCCUCCUUCUUUCUCCUCUUCUGGGUUGAGCAAAAUUCACCCUCUUUUGAGAGCUUCUUCUGAAGGACUUCAAGUUCCAAGUGAGCUAGAUGAAGAUUCAAAGUUUGUUCCUCUGGAAGCUGAAGAACCCAGCUAUGGUCCCCCAGCUUUACUGCUCGUGGGUUUUAAAGUGGAAGAGGCAGAUAAGAUACAGCAGCUUCUGAAGGAGUUGGAAGGGGAGUUUUUACAGGUUAUCUACUGCACUGAAGACAUGAUUACUCGCUCACUUUGGGAUGCAGUGAAUACUAAACACCAGGAUUUGGGGAAUUUGAAGAUUGCAAAAUCAGUACAGCGGAUAUGUUUUCUUUCUGGACUUACUGGGGAGGAGAUGAUGAUGUUAAUAGAUGCCUUUGAAGAAUCCGGUAUUGCACGACUCAAAAAGUCUAGAGAAUGCUGUAUUCGCUGCCCAUGUUCCCAACAGUUCCAAUAAACCAUUAGAGGAGCUGAUCGAAGAGAUUAAGGGAGAUCAUGAGAUGCUGUCUGCAAGGCAAUCAGAUUCUGAGUAGGCAAACGAUUCACUGAUUUGCUCCAAAAGAUGUGAAAGAUCAUAAUAUUUGGAUACGUAUCAUGCAACAGUAUUAUCCGCGUCCAAAAGAUGUGAAGGUCGUGAUAUUUGGAUACGUAUUGAGUAAUAUAUGAGCAAAUCUUAGAAAGGGGUAAGUGAAACAUACGUAGUACUCCGUAACAAUGAUACAAUGGAUUUGUUCCUUUCCUGUGCUUUUCUCAUGUAUGUUAGUAGUCAUUGAGUUAUACCAAUUAAAAUAACAUUUAUUUAUCAAGAUUAAUAUUUUUGGAUAUUUUUUGUAAGUUGAAGCGAACAAGUUCUAAGUAAUUCACGUUUGUAAUUUUGUACUUAAGUAGUAAUCACUACUUCACUAUCAGUCUAAGUCUAAGUCUAAGUCUAAGUCAAGGUUACAUUACAUGGGAUAGGAUUUGAUUCAAAUGUGGUACGAAAAUGGAUGCACAAAAUGAUACUUCCUUCGUUUCAAAAUGAUCUCACUUUUUAUUUUGUAUGUUUCAAAAUGAUCUUCUCACCUUCUAUUUUAAUUUCUCAUUUACCCUCAUUAUUUUCUCAUAUUAAUAUUACCCUAAUUUUAGUGGUGGUACCUAAACGUUACCCUCGAAUCUCCAAUUAACGUCCG